AUGUACUCGGUGCAUCCUGUCCAGGUCAUGGCAAACGGUGGCGUUGGAAACGGCGUCAUGGAGCAUCCUUCAGGCACCAUUGACCCCUCGACGCUCAGUCCAUCAGGUAGGUGGAAGCAAUCCGGCGCGCCCACUCACCUCCACCCGCAACGCCCAGCCGCGUCGCACAAGGCCAUCGCCAGUGUCGCGACGGCCUCAAGUAACUGGCCGUCGCUGCUGUUGCAUCCGCCGCAGCCGGCCGUAGACGCUCAGCGUGCUGACUGUAUACCCUCCACAGGUCUGGCAGCCUCAUCGUCCCAGCCCGGUGCGCAGCCGCAGGCAAGAGGGCUAAAGCGCAGUCGCUCGCCCGAGAAUAACUAUGGAGAUGCACAGCAUGGCGACGAUGGUAGGCGCCCCUCAGCCCCCCCUGCGGCGGUACGCGACGCGAGCGAGCUUGCUGACUCGCCACCCACAGACGACAUCAACCAACGGAAAAAGCGUGGUCGCCCGCCAAAGAAGGCGUUUGCUGCCUCUCCUACCCGCGGCUCCCAGCCUCCGGCCGCGUCGUCGCACGGCGGCAUCGCGCCCCCAGUGCAGACUCCUCAGCUCCAGACGACGCCCCUGCCCCGGGGCUCGCCCCUUCACGCAUCGCCCGCGGCCAAGGCCACAUCCACCAAACCGGCCGUAAUCAAGGCCCUUCCCACCGUCCGCGACCACACCACCGACCAGCUCAACCCAGAGGGUGAUGAAUUCAUACCCCGCGAGAUUGACGAGGCAGGAGAGCGAAAGGUGACGCAGACUGGCCAUCCUCUGGAAGGACGAGAGUAUCGCUGCCGGACCUUCUUUGUGCCAAACAGAGGCGACAAGCUGUUCAUGCUCGCGACCGAAUGUGCGCGCGUCCUCGGCUACCGUGACUCGUAUCUGCUCUUCAACAAGAACAGAUCCUUGUUCAAGAUCAUCGCCACCCAAGCAGAGAAGGAUGAUUUGAUCCACCAAGAAAUCUUGCCCUACUCGUACCGGUCUAGGCAGAUUGCCAUUGUAACCGCACGGUCCAUGUUCAGACAGUUUGGAAGCAGGCUCAUCACCAACGGCCGCAGGGUACGCGACGACUACUGGGAGAGCAAGGCGCGGAAGCAGGGCUUCACCGAGGAAGACGCGGCUGGGGAGAAGAGGCCAGGCGCCGCCAAGGCCAGGGAAGCAGCUGCCGCAGAGGCCAACCACGCUCACACCAACGCCAUGACUUUUACUCAUCCAAAUGCCUAUGCUGGCAACAAUCAGGACUAUAUGGGGGCAACUAUGAACCCCUUGCAGCCGUUUGGCGGGCUCAAUCCCGCACCCGGUAGCGUACCUGCAUCUGGCACCGAACCGUACAACCAGCGCACAACGACCGACAUGCAGCCUCGGGAUUACAGCGGUGUUCAACGACCACGACAUGAAAUGACUGGCGCGCCAUACCAGGAUACAACCAGGCCAACCCCGUCGGGCGAGAUUCUCAACCAAGCCGCUCAAACAGCCGAGAUCAACAAGCAGUUUGAACAGCAUCGCAAGCACCGCAAGGACUUGCUCAAUGACAUUUGGUCGCGACCCCACGAGCCCCCGGCGCAGACCAACCGCCCAGGAACUGCGGAAGGUGAACACGCACCACAGGUGACGCAAGCCGUGCAGUCGCCGCGUGCGCCCUCGGCCAACGUCACCAUGCCUGGCAACCAGUACAGCCUGCCAGCACAGACACCGCAAAGGUCAAGUCAACCUCUGGGCGCCCAACCCUACCGUGCACAGUCUCUUCCACAAAGCAACAUGGCGCCUUCACCCAUGGCCCCACAGCACACGCCGCUCCGACCUGAUCAGAUGCAGCGACGUCCACCAAGCAUCGGCCUGCCCCAGGGAAUGUCCUCUUCCAGCAUGGGACCCGGAGGGAUGCUACCUGGUGUGCAAAACGCGAGCCACGGCUACCCUCCAUCGCACAUGUGGCAGGGCCCUCCUCAGCCUUCACCGCUUUCGCAGCAACAUAACAUGCAGCAAUAUGCUCAACGUCCACCUCAGCAAUCGCCACUUCCCCAGCAAUCUCCCAUGCAUGCGUCUCCACAGCUCCACCACGCCCAGAGUAGUGCUUCUAUGCAUGGUACCCCCGUACAGCAAUACCAAACCAUGGGCAGCAUUGGAGGAGAUCAAGCUUAUCCGGCCAUGGGCCAGAAUCCGUACCAGCCUAGCCCAAGCCCGCACCAGUACAUGCAACAUCAGAGUGGAGCGAGCCAGCAACCUGGAAUGCCUGGGUGGGCUCCACCACAACAACCGCAGCAGCAAGGCUGGCAGUCUUACUAG